GUGAAGCUGGCAUGGCCCUCGUUUCUCUGCUCCUCUGCAUCUGGUCGUCAUUACGUAAGGAGGGGAGGGUAUAAAGCAGGGUGCUGACGGGGCAGGGCCCCAGUGCCUGGAUCAUCAUGGAGGCUGCUCUUUGGGUGUGCCUAACUUUUCUCUGUCUGCAGGGCAGCUUGCCCCAGCUCACACAUGGUGCAGACUGUACUGGGACAUCACAGGGGAAGAACUGUGUCAGUGGGCAGACCACCGGAGGAAAGAAAGAAGGGCUUGCGCGCCUAGAGCCAUCUGCUGCAAGAAAGACCCAGAACCAGAAACAGCCACAGAUGUGGCCGGGUGACGACUUGCCAUCGGAUGUGUCAUUGGUCAGACAGAAGAGACAGUUGGGGAGGAACUCCCUGCUUCCUGGGUCCUUCUCAGCCAAGGGCUUCCCCAACACACUCAUCAAAGUUCAGACAGAGCGGGCCAGGAGACACCUAGGCCAGUCGGGGACCAAGAAGAACAAGUAUAAAUCCAGAGUGGGAUCCUUCUCUCUCCUCAGCAACAACAACCCCAGUGCCUCCCUACAGGUAACCAGAGUACGGAGGCAGGUGCAGAAUGAGAGGAAGAAGGCAAAGCCAAGAGGACGACCCGGAGCGUAUUCCACAUUGGGAAAAUACGCCGAACCCCACACAAUCCCCCCUCCCAUCACCAUCCCGGAUCCGGGAGCACCCUCAUCAGUAAAAAAUAGCCUAGCAUAGCGCCACAAGGACAGAGACGCAAGAGGAGCACACAGAUGAAAAAACAGGAUUGUUUGUUCCUAAAAACAUUUAAUUAAACAAGUGAUUUGCUGAAGCGCUACUGCUUUAAUAGUUCAUGAACUGUACUUUAUAUAUUCUCUUUGUAAACAUAUUGGUUUUACAUGUAUUAUUUUAAAAUGUUAUAAUAUAUACGUAUACAUGGAAAAACAUUGCUGAGGACAAGUAUACAGUAUCUUUGAAAUCCCCUUUAAUAUUGUCUUUUAUGAUCUGUUGAUUUACACUUUAAAUACAUUUUUUUUAACAGAA